AGAAAUAAAAUGAAAACCAAAUGAAAACAUUUGACUAUCUUUGCUUUUCACACUUGAGUCUUGAGGGCUACGUCAAAGAUUAAACAAUAACUUGCAUAUAUAAUUAGAUCAAUAUAUUAUAAUAAAAGAUCAUUCCAAAAUGCUUAAGAGUGCUGUAUCACUUGUUACUGGUGGAGCAUCUGGAUUAGGAAGAGCAACAGUUGAACGACUAGCUGCAGCCGGUUCAAAGGUUAUUUUAUGCGAUCUAGGUUCAUCUAAAGGCCAUGAAGUAUCAAAAGCUAUUGGAGAAAAUGUAGUUUUUGUUCCAACUGAUGUUUCUUCAGAAAAAGACGUUACCACAGCUGUUGAAACAGCAAAAUCUAAAUUUGGAAAAUUGGAUUUAGCAGUUAAUUGUGCUGGUACUGCAGUUGCAUUUAAGACAUAUAAUUUUAAUAAAAAUUUACCUCAUAAGCUGGAAGAUUUUACAAAAGUUUUAAUGGUAAAUACUGUUGGAACUUUUAAUGUUAUUCGUUUAUCUGCCGGACUCAUGGGCCAAAAUGAACCAAAUAAAGACGGGCAACGUGGUGUAAUAAUUAAUACUGCAUCUGUAGCAGCAUUUGAUGGACAAAUUGGUCAGGCAGCUUAUUCAGCUUCAAAAGCUGCUGUAGCUGGUAUGACCUUACCAAUUGCUAGAGAUUUAAGUACACAAGGCAUACGUGUUGUUACUAUAGCACCUGGACUUUUUGAUACACCGAUGUUACAAUCUUUACCGGAAAAAGUUCGUGCUUUUCUUGCUAAAACAAUUCCUUUCCCUCAAAGACUUGGUGAUCCAUCUGAAUAUGCACAUUUGGUUCAAGCUAUUUAUGAGAAUCCAUUAAUUAAUGGAGAAACAAUUCGAAUUGAUGGUGCCUUAAGAAUGAUGCCUUAAAAUGAAUAAGAAUAUCUUUUUCAAAUUGAGACACUUUUUAUAAUAGCUAGCGGGAUAUGUGUCUUUGCAUUUAUAUUUUCUAAAAAAAUUUUAUAGUUGAAGAAUGAGAGAAUAAAUUUUAUACCUUUAUCACGAAA